CUGAACCGGCUCAGGGAUCCGCCUCUUGUGAUAGGAAGCGCCUGCUAAAUAGUCCCGGCUAUUCAGCGCUUCCGCCUAACUUGCCGCAAAGUUUUUCUAGAGAAGUCGGCUCUUGUACUCGGCGCUCCUGCAGGCUGCCAGCGCUAACCUCCCGCUUCUUAGCUGGGUUUGCACUACGUUCGGGCUUUUUGAACUCAACAUUCUCCCACAGCCUAGGAGCUGGAGCGGGAGCGCGGCGACAGUGUGCCUCCGCGCGCCCGAGGGGAGCCGAACCCCGGAGGAAGGGGCGGAUCGGGCGCGGUGUUUGGGACGGAGCGGGGCGCGCGGCGCUCGAAGCACCCGCUCGGCGCGUUCCGGGGCUGGUGGAGACAGCAUGGGUACUGCUGCGACCGCACCCCUCGAGCUGUAGAUUCGCAGGCCCACGGCAGUCCGACUCGACGGCGUCCCCAUUGUGGGUCCAGUCUCUGGUCAUUGGAGAUAUCGUCUCUUCUUUUGAUCACUGUUCCUGAUUGUGGCUUUGUCCAAGCAUUAAAUUGCGUGCCUUUUGUUCCUUGAAGAAGGAGGUAUGGUAAAGAUUGAAGUAUUACAGCAUGUAGUCUAUUAAGCAAAAAAGUAAUAUGAUGAAGAAUGAAAACUUCAAAUGUAAUGAAGUGAACAAGAGGCUGCUAUAUGAUGACUGACCAAAAUGAUUUGGAUUAUUCCAUCUUGAAAAAUUCUGGUGCUAACAAGUCUCAACUCGGCCCCUGGACCCAGCUCAAAACUCUGGAUUCAUUCUCUUCCUUCCCAUACCUCAGCUCAAGCUUUCUGUCUCCCCAAAAGAUGAAGAAACGAAGACAGAGAUUGAGACUUGUUUAGAGUAACACAAAACCAAUGACAAAACAGGUUCAGAGAAGUUGAAGCUUGUCCAGUGUCACAGAGCAGAGCUGGAAGUAAAAUUUGUAUUUCCCGACUUCCAGAUUAGUAUUAUUUCUCCAUCAAGCUAUUACUUCUUGGUGAGUUAAUGUGGGAAAAAUUCUGGUAUUUUGAAGAUGUCUCGGCACAGUAUUGUUUCCUGUUUAAAUUACAAGUAACUUCAGUUUUUAGAGAAAAAAGAAGUUGGGAUUUUUUUGUAAAAUCAUGCCAUCUGAACAGAAACUGUUAUUUUUUGAUGAAAAACAAACUACUUUAAGAAAAGAUUAUGAUGUGAAAAAUGAGAUAGUAGAUACUAUCAGAUCAGUACCUAGAGCAAAAGUUUCAGAAAGUAGUUUUCACUAUGAACUAAAAAAUGUGAAAAUUGAUUUGCCGAAGAUAAAUAUUCCAAAUGAAGUCUUUUUGAACCAUGAAGUUGACAAAUAUAGAAAAUUAUUUCGGCGUCAACCACAGACUGCAAGAAAAUCUAUCAGUGUAAAGACUGUAAGCUGUGUAGAGGAGUGUAUGUUGCUCCAUAAGUCUGAGCGAGUUGAAGAAGAGGGUUUAAAAAUGUCUGCAAAAAUACUCAAUUUCAACUGUUUAAAAUGCCGAGAUAGCACUCGAUACAGUCCAAAUGAUUUGCAGAAACACUUUCAAAUGUGGCACCAUGGUGAAUUACCUUCAUAUCCUUGUGAAAUGUGCAGUUUUUCAGCAAAUGACUUCCAGAUAUUUAAACAACACAGACGGACACAUAGAAGCACUUUAGUAAAAUGUGACAUUUGUAACAAUGAGAGUGUAUAUACUUUAUUAGACUUGACAAAACAUUUUGCAUCCACACAUUGUGUAAAUGGUAGUUUUCAAUGUGAAAAGUGCAAAUUCUCCACCCAGGAUGUUGGCACAUUUGUUCAGCACAUUCAUAGACAUAAUGAAAUCCAUUAUAAAUGUGGUAAGUGCCAUCAUGUAUGUUUUACCAAAGGAGAGCUUCAGAAGCACCUUCAUGUUCACUCUGGUACAUUUCCCUUCACUUGUCAAUAUUGUAGCUAUGGUGCCACUAGGAGAGAGCACCUGGUAAGACAUGUUAUAACUUUGCACAAAGAACACUUAUAUGCGAAAGAAAAACUGGAAAAAGACAAAUAUGAAAAGAGGAUGGCAAAGACUUCAGCAGGACUUAAGCUGAUACUGAAAAGAUACAGAAUAGAUGCAUCAAGGAAGACAUUCUGGAAACGCAAGAAGAUCAACAAUGGAAGUGACAGGAAUAUAGAAAAAAACACUCAAGUGCUUAAAAAAGUGAACAAAACACAGGCUAAAUCUGAAGACCAGAGCCAUCUUGUUCAAGAGCAUUUAAAUGAAGAAAAGGAUGAAAGACCACACUGUGAGAAUAAUGAUAAACCUGCUGAGUCAGAGUCAGAAAAGCCAACUCUUCUGUCCACUGGGCAAUGUAAUAGAGCUGAAGAGGGAUCAAAUUCUACUCUAGGUUUCUUGAAGACUGCUGUACAAGGACCUACAGUGUUAAUGGUGAAAAAUAAUAGAAUAACAAUUCCUGCUAACUACAGUGCUGAUUUUAUGGGAUUUAAGAUGGUGGAUGGAAAACAACAUAUUGUAAUAAAAUUGUUACCUACCAAUAAACAGAAUUUAUAUUUACCAGGCUCACAGUCAGAUGCUGCAAAGGACAGUACUGCCAAUUUGCAGCCCCAGACUUUGGACACUACUGGAUUUUUAGCAGGAGUAACAGCUGAAUUAAGUGACACAGUUUACAUGAAAGCAAAUACUCCAUUUUCAUGUUCAUCUCCUAUAUUUUCAGGGAAAGUAACGUCAGAAAAAGAAAUGGCUUUGCUAUCUCAAACGAGUAAUACGCUUCAAACAAUGGAUGAUGAUAAAAAUGUGUCUUCUUUGUCAGCAUCAGAAUUGGUUUCAGCAUCAGUGAAUUUGACCACAAAAGUUGAAACAAAAGAUAAUAUUGACCUAUGGGGAAGUUAUAUUACUCAGAGUCACCCUGAGAUAUCAGGUGCUGCCAUUAGAAGUCCAGAUAAAGUCAACUCUACUACCAAACAAAAUGCAUACAACAGUGGAGAUAUGCAUAACUAUUGCAUUAAUUAUGUCAACUCUGAGUUACCUGUUGAAUCUUCCAACCAAGGAUCAUUGCCCUUUCAUAAUUACUCAAAAGUAAAUAAUUCUAAUAAACGUCGUAGGUUUUCAGGAACAGGAAUGUGUGAAAACCCUCAAAAAGAACCUUCAUCAAGCAAGACAGUUGUUCAACAACCAAUAAGUGAAUCAGUUUUAUCACUGGUGAGGAAGGAGAGCUCAAAUCCAGAUAGCAUGUUAGCAUCUAUUAGCCUUUUAAAUACUAAAGAUGGAACUUUAAAAAUGCAAACUGAAAUUGAAGAGCAGUGUGUUUUAGAAAAAGGAGAAAACAUUGAUGGACAGAACUUAUACACUAAUGAAAAUCAGAAUUUAGAGAGCAUGACUGAGAAAUCUAAGUGGGAUGACAUUUCUAAUGUUGAGUCACCUAUGAUGCCUAGAAUCACAUCUGUUUUCUCUCUCCAGAGUAAACAGGCAUCAGAAUUUUUGCCACCUGAAGUAAACCAGUUACUUCAGGAUGGAUUAAAAACAAAAUCUGAGGUAAAACAAGACUCUAGUAAUAGUAACACUCCUGAUAAAGGCCUGCCACUUCAUUGUGACCAGUCAUUUCAGAAACUUGAGGGAGAAGGCAAAAUAGUUGAAUCUUCAAAAGACUACAAAGUACAAGGCAUCUUCCCAAUCCCAUCUGGUGGUAUAGGGAUUAAUGUGCCUACAAAUGAUCUGAAUUUAAAAUUUAGUGGAAAAGAAAAACAAAAUGUGUCAAUAUCACAAGAUGUGAGAGAUUCAGAAAAGACACCUAGAAUUUCAGGUAUUGGCACAUUACUUAAGACUCAGUCAGAUGCAAUAAUAACACAGCAGCUCGUAAAAGAUAAACUACGAGCCACUACACAAAAUUUAGGUUCUUUAUAUAGGCAGAGUCCACUUCUGAAUUCAGAACCAAAAAAGGCUAUAUUUGUUCAGACUCCAAAAGGCUUUUUUGUACCAUUGCACAUUGCUAACAAGCCUGGAUUACAUGUUGUUUCAGGAAGACCACUUCCAUUGGUUAAUACACAAGGUGUACCUGCUUCUCUUCUUUUAAAUAAGAAACCUGGGAUGAUUUUAACAUUUAAUAAUGGGAAACUUGAAGGUAUUUCCACUGUCAAAAUUGAGAGUUCUCAAGCUUGUGGAACUACAGCUAAGGAGCCCUGCAGAACACCUUUUUUAAAGGUAGAACCAAACAGUAAUUGUCUGACACCUGCACUUUGUUCCAGCAUUGGCAGUUGUUUGAGCAUGAAAAGUAGCUCAGAAAAUACUUUGCCAUUAAAAGGCCCUUACAUUAUCAAAACAUCAGCAAAUUCUUCAGUGAAAGCUGUUCCUACUCCUAAUACAGUAUCUGAGCAUCAGGGCACCAAGUUGAAUAACUUGGACUCAGUAAAACAGCAGAAUGAGAUUUUUCCAAAACCACCUCUUUAUACCCUCUUGCCUGAUGGCAAACAAGCUGUUUUUUUAAAGUGUGUGAUGCCAAAUAAGACUGAGCUGCUUAAGCCUAAAUUAGUCCAAAAUAGUACGUAUUAUCAAAACAUACAGCCAAAGAAACCUGAAGGAACACCACAAAAAAUAUUGCUGAAAAUUUUUAACCCUGUUUUAAAUGUGACUGCUGCUAACAAUCUGUCUGUAAGCACCUCUGCAUCCUCAUUGCAGAAAGACAAGGUACCAUCUAAUCAGACUACAGGAGGAGAGCAGAGAGAGCCAGAAUCUUCUAGAGAUGCCUUACCCUUCUUACUAGAUGAUAUGAUGCCAGCAAAUGAAAUUGUGAUAACUUCUACUGCAACAUGCCCAGAAUCUUCUGAGGAACAAAUGUGUUUCACUGACCGUUCAGACACCAGGGUAUUAAGGUGUAAAACAAAUUGUACAAUCGAGAGAAACUUCAAUAGAAAAAAGACUUCGAAAAAAAAAUUUUCAAGAAUUAAAACUCAUGUAAGAAGUAAAGAUUCUGAAACUGCCUUUGUAUCUAGAAACAGAAACUGUAAACGAAAGUGUAGGGAUAGUUACGAAGAACCUCCAAGAAAAAAAGCAACAUUACAUAGAAAGUGUAAAGAAAAGUCUAAACCUGAAGAUGCCCGUGAAUCAUUCGAUUUUAGCAGACCAAGGCUUUCAAAAGAUUCAGUCAGAACUUUGCGGCUUUUCCCCUUUAGUUCCAAACAGCUUGUGAAAUGUCCUAGGAGAAACCAACCAGUUGUAGUUUUGAAUCAUCCUGAUGCAGAUGCACCAGAAGUAGUAAGUGUAAUGAAAACUAUUGCUAAAUUUAAUGGACGUGUACUUAAGGUUUCAUUGUCAAAAAGAACUAUCAGUGCUUUACUGAAGCCAGUUUGUGAUAAUGCCCCAAAAACAAUUUAUGGUGAUUUUUCCAAAAGACAUAAAACAUUGAAACCUGUUAGUUCUGUGAAAGAAAGAUUUGUGCUAAAAUUAACACUCAAAAAGACAAGCAAAAACAAUUAUCAGAUCGUGAAAACUACCUCUGAAAAUGUUCUGAAAGCUAAAUUUAACUGUUGGUUUUGUGGUAGAGUAUUUGACAAUCAGGAUGCUUGGGCUGGUCAUGGGCAGAGACAUUUAAUGGAGGCCACUCGUGAUUGGAAUACGUUAGAAUAAUUUACUGUAGUUACCAAGGAAAAGAAAAGUAAAGCUAUCUUAGAAGAAAACAUGGGUUGGAUUACCUUAAGGCAGACAUUUUCUACUUCAGUAUAGUACCUAAAAUUGAGCAUCUGAAAGUUGGCUAUAUUUCCAUGGGAGACAAAAAAAGUUUUAUGUGUGAUACUUGAAAAUGCUAUUACUGCACACAUAAGUUUUGCAAGAAACUAACUGCAGCACAGAUGUAUCUUGAUUUAAUUUUUUUAAAUGUGUUCUUGGGAAGUUAGGGCUAAAGAAAAUUUUGAUAAAAGUUUUCCCAAUUUAGUUAUAUAGUGACUCUUAGUAGAGGGUAACGGCUGACAGCUCCAUUCCCUCUCUUCUUCCACCAGCCUUAUGAAUCUGAUAAGUGUAGCUCCUCUGAAGAUGGAGAGCUCUUUCACCAUGAGCUGAAGGAGUUUCUCCUCAUUUGUGAAGAUACACUAAGAGCUUGAGUAAAGAACUUAACUUUAUAUCUGCUAAAUACAGUUCUUUUGAAGGGUGUUAGGCUCCUCUGAGAGUACAUUUAACUAACUACAGUUGCACCUCAUGAUGCUUGAAAUAGAGUUUUUCACAAGUAAAUCUUUUUUCUCUUAUACUGUGUCCCGUAUCAGGAAUUGGAAUACCUUCCCAAGGUGGUUUUCUUUUUCUAAAUGGCUAUGUCAAGCAUUGCAGUAGAUGGGCAGCCUCAAAAGAAGAAUUAAACUCUCUUGGUCCAGUUUAAAGUCUGAUUAAAGAACUUGAACAUUUUUCUGAAUUUGAUGAUAAUCUCCAGUGAUUCUCUUGCACAGAACUAUGCUUAUUAAAUUGUUUGUACCCCAUAAAUCAAGUGGCCAAUAUUUAUCUUGGUUUCCAUCCAUUUGAAAAGUGGAACAUAGAAGCACUUCCAUGGGAAUGGCUUUUCUUGAAAAUUAAGAAUCACUCUACAGGAAAAAUAUUUUGAAGCAAGAUUAGCAAAGCAAAUCAGAUUUUUGCUGUUUAAUUACUAUUAGGUGUCUGAACAUGUACACAUUGGGACAAACCAUUUUUGUUAGCACCUUUUCAGUCUCACUGACAACCCAAAGCAGAUUAUUUUACUGAUUGUUGGCAGUUGAAAUGAAGAAGCAUUAGUAGUGGACUCAGUGGCAGGGCAUAAAACUUCAGGACCGAUUCCUAGGGGAUAUACCCAGCAGGUAGAGUUUUAAAUUGGAUAUUUUCAUGAUGACAACAGAAUCAUCGACUGAAACUUCACCGUGUAAGUUUGGAUCAAAUUUUGUUGGAUUAUUGGAUAAUCGAGUUCUUGUAUUACAAAUUACUGUAUAAUUUUUGUUAUAUUGUUACUACAAGUGUUAAAACAUUUUCAUUGAUUGAAAACUUCAGGGCUUCUUUUCUGUAUAUAAGAAAGAAUUUAAACCUGUACAUAUUUUUGUACUUUUCAGUUUGUUAUGUAAAUUUUGCACAGAAGAUUUUUGACAUAAAAAGUUUAUUUUCUUUCCAUUUAGUUCUGUGCAUGCACUAAUAAAACUGGUUGUUUAAUUUAAAAGGAAUAUGUAAGACUUUACCCAUGUUAUUUUCUUGGUUUUUAUUUUAGAUGUAGAAUUUUUUUUUUUUUUUGUAAAUUCAUUUUUCAGGGAUUGAACACUAUUGUUAGCAAGUGCCUAAAAGAUGUGAAACAGUUUACAUAUGUCAACUGUAACAGUAGGUCCCAAAUGGGCCCAUUCCCCCAAAAUUUUAUUUUAAAGAAAGCCAUACAUAGAUGCUUCAAGCUAUCUUGCUAUGCACAUUAUACGUGUACUUUUUUGUGCAGUUUGUCUACUUUCCUAGUGAAGUAUUUUUUGUAUAAAACCUGUUACAAUUGUGUUUCUUAAAUUGAGCCUAAGAAUGGAGUUGAUUGGAAAUACACAGUAUAUAUUAAUAAUGUAUAAGGUGUUUAAAGAAUGGUAAGCAAUGUUAAUUUCUGUAAUGAACAUUUUCUUCAAUUAAAUUUAUCUUAAGUUUGUGUUUACACAGUAAUUUUUUUACUGUACUAAAACCAAACGGGAAUUUUAUUCUAAUGGGAAAUAUUUAUAUUUCAAAGAUGUUUUUUCUUUAAAUGCUAGGGAACUAUGUAUAGUGUGGGUUCCCCCCCCCCCAAAUCAUAGGUAAAAUUUUGAAAUUUUGAGAAGGGUAACAUUUACCAUGAAGUUACUGUACUUAUGCCGAUAAGGAAAGUCAUAGGCUAAUGCUCUUUAGUAUCCUAACAGCAAUAAACUUGAAAUGCUCUGCUUUUAUGGGUAGAUUUAUUAUAAUUCCUUGCCUUCCAUGAAUAGAGGAGAGAGAAGCAGCAAUCUUGGCAAUGUUUGCAGCAUUAUAAAAAUACAUUUCAGAAUAGCCAUACCAGUAAAAAUAUAUUUAAUGUUGUGAUACAUACCUUUUGCCUUAAAGUUUUUUUUUUUUUUUUAAAGAUUUUAUUUAUUUAUUUGAGACAGAGAGAAUGAGAGACAGAGAGCAUGAGAGGGAGGAGGGUCAGAGGGAGAAGCAGACUCCCUGCCAAGCAGGGAGCCCGAUGCGGGACUCGAUCCAGGGACUCCAUCCAGGAUCAUGACCUGAGCUGAAGGCAGUCGCUUAACCAACUGAGCCACUCAGGCGCCCUGCCUUAAAGUUUUAAAAGCCAUUUUAAAAAGCUUCAUGCCCCAGGUACUCUGGUUAGUACCUUUUCUGAUUUGUUAGGUUGUUCUAAAGAAGGCAGACCUGCUUUGGAGGCUCUUUAUUGCCAUAGUGAAAAAUCCAGAACCCAAACCCUCCAUCCUUUUUUCUUCUCCUGGCUGAAACUGAAUUAAAGAUGGUUCUCUAAAAUAUGAGUAUGCAGUGGUUUGAGGUUGUUACUACAACUGGAAGAGUUUUAUUUUUGCAAUCCAGCUUCUUGGUCAGGAAUGUGUUCUCAUUUUUUCAUACUUGUCCAUCUCCAUUGGAAAUGGGCCUCUCUAUUUGGCUUUCAAUUAAAAAAAAUAAUUUAAUUUAAAAAAAGUUUACCUUUCUAUCUUACUAAGCACUCAGUAGAUUGAAAUGUAAUACAUAUAUUUUUUAAUGAAAAACUGUGAUUUUGUUAAGGGGUCAGUAAAGUUUACCAGUAAAGAGUAAGUUAAGCUAGUAAAUAACUUAGGCUUUCUAGGCCAUUUAGUCUCUGUCAUAACGUCUUAAUUUUGUCAUAUUGUAGAAGCAGCCCUAGACAGUACAUAAAUCAAUGAGUAUGCGUAUGUUUUAAUAAAACUUCAUUUAAAGAAAUGAGCCAUGGGCUGAAUUUGGCCCACCACAUUGUUUACUAACCCUUGGUUUAGUUCUCUCAAAGGUCUCCUCUUAGAAUCAGAUUUUUUUUUAAUUAAAAAGUUUGAUACAGUUUUUUUUUAAUGAUGUAUAACACUGUACAAAACAAAGUAUAAAAACUAAAAUAAGCAUGUAAAUUAUCAGUGUAGAUGUGUUUAAAAGUGAAGAGAAUGUAAAUGUAAUGAAAAGGAUUAGUGGGUAAAGUAGAUGGGUCAUUUAUGUGCAAAGGAUAAUGCAUCUUAUGGAAGGAUUAAAAGUUAAACAGGUGCUGUGGGAAUUUCUGUCCAGGUUAGAUGAGAAAUAGAUACUAGUUCUUUAAGUGAUUUGAAAUAGCUGUUAAGAAAAGUAAUAAGAGUUCUUGGAAUGGGGGAGAAUGGAGGUGAGGUGAAAACAAUAUUAAUUCCAUACAUAUGCUGAUUUAUUGAUUUUUCCCCCUACUAUUGACAUCUUAUUUAACUUGGGGUAUGUCCCCUUUCAUUGCAUAGCAAUUUGUUAGGAUUCUUGUUUUCAACAAAGUGCCUUGACUCCAUUGAGGACCUUAUCUAGUGAAACUUGCUGGAGGAAUUUUCGGGACAUUAUUUGUUGCUAGUUGAGAAUGUAGCAGUAGCAGAAAAAUUUUCCUAUAAUGCAGAGUUGAAAUAGGAUCUCUUUGGUUGAUUUUGGUGUUCAUUGAUUUAAGUAUGCUCUUAAUUGGAUAAUUGAGAAGUAGUCAAUAUCUUGGAAGAGGUGUUCGACAAAGUCUUCUUUGAAUUAUUAUUAUUUUUUUAGUUCUGUCUUCUGAGCUUCUGUUAAUACGUGCCCCAAAUUUAAAAAUCUUUCUUUGAAAAGUACAUACAUUAUUGUGAUAGUGCAAAUAUUUGAGUAAAUAGUGUAGGAAGAAUGUUAAUAUUAAGUACAUCAAUUUCAAAAAUCGUGAUUUUAGUCAAUGUUAAGAAUGUACUUACUAAAAAAAUACUCAUUCCUAGUAAAGUCAUUUUUAAUAUGUUAGAAGAAUUCUUCCUUAAUAUUUCAGAGUCCUUUAACCAAAAGUGAAGCUAAUGUUUGGAGUUGUGACUGAAAUUGCUUCUUUCCAUUAAGGUGCCUGCUAUCAUCAAUUACUUCAUAAGUUACUGCUAAUGUAAAAAGAUAAGAAAACAAAAUGAAAAACUUGGGUAGAGAUCAAAAUACUAUUUGCAAAUGACUUGAUUUCAAUAUUUUGAAAAUCCAAAGAAGUACACUGAAAAUUAGCUUUCCUGAACACUUAAUAGUAAUCAUUUGGCAAACAAUAAAAGAAGACCCAUUUAUAGUAAGAGCCACAAAAUAAUAAAUUUGAAAGUUAUGUGAAGUUAUGUGAAGUUAUGCCAAAGGAAACACCACAAAACCUAACUGGGAGAUACACAGCUUGGGUGUAAGAUUAAAUAUAUCCCUAUUUGGUAGAUCCCAUUUUCCACACAGGUGUUCCACAGAAGGCUUAUAACAAAUGGGAGAUGGCUGCUGAUUAGCCAUUGUAUGACUCCAAAUCCUGCAGUAUAAGGAGAAUCAGGGCAGGACAGCUCCUCUUAAUAGUGCAAGUCCCCUUUCCCACACAACCGUGUUGCAAGGGACCUGCUCUGGUGGGCUUGGCAUCAGAAUGGCAGCUUAUAUCUGUCCCAGCUUUCUGGGGACAGAAGAGCUAUUCUGUGUACAUUCUGCCGCUGGUGAACAUUAGCAGGUUCCAUCCUCCCUGAUUCUGGGCUAUGGAAGAUCCAUACUGGGAGGUGAUAGAAAAUUCUCCCCCAUGCCCUCUAACCCCUGACACAGCUGCUCUUCAGGGAGGGUCUGGGAGACAUUCAGUAAGAGCCGGUUUCCCAUACUCAACCUCCCCCCCACCCUCCGCCCAAAACAUGCUCCAUAGCACAAAGGCAAAGGGGUUCUGUUCAGGGGAAGGUUUAAGGGAGCUUCAAAGACUUGAUGGCACACUUCCCAUUACUAGGGGCCUAACUUUACCUGGAACAGACUGGAGCAGUUUGUACCCCUGAAUAUUGUUGAAAACUAUAGGACAAUCAGCUACCAAUAAAUAGAGGCUAACAGUUGCUGGUGAUACCAAUAGAUACCAGCCAGAAAGCGUAAAGACAAGAUCAGGGAGAGAGACCAAGAGAGUGGGUAAAACUACAGACAUCCCUUGUAAUCAGAAGUAAUGUGUGUAGGUUCAAGACUACAGCUGCUUAGGAGCAACCAGAGGGGGAAUGUGAGUUACAAGUCUCUGACAGAAUGUAGGGCAAAACUUGGAAACUCCCUAAAUAGUGCAAAAAGGCCAAGCCCCACACAGUGGUGAAGGGUGUUAAUCUCCCUAAUUCAGGGGGCUUAAACACAACCUCUUAUUAAUUGGUGGCUAGUCAUUAAACGAUGCUGACUCAGAAGCAGCCGCUUGCUGACCCAACAAGCAUAACAGCAUAUACAUAAUGGGAGUCUCAGGGAGAAAGAAGAAAAAGAAAACAUUAAAAAGAAUAUUCGAAGAAAACUUCCCAAAUCUGAUGAAGGAAAUCAGGCUUAAAAAUGAGGGAGAAACAAGUUGAGCCGUAACAGAGGCAGACUUCAUGAAUUAGUCAAGCCAAGUCACUAAAUAAAAAUAAGCCCAGAGUGGACAGGAGAACCAACAUGGAGAGAUUCUACAUUACCUAAAAUGUUCUGUUUUCAACACAAAAUUAUGAGAUGUUCAAAGAAACAGGAAAGUGUGACACGGGCAGAAGCAGGCAAUAGAAACUUCCUUUGAGGGAUACUAGAUACAGGAUAAGUGUUACGCCGCAAUUGUAAAUAUGUUAAAAGACCUAAAGGAAACCAAGUUUAAAGAAUUAAAGUAUGCUGACAGUGACUCAUCAAAUGAAAAUAAAAAGAUGGGAAAUAAAAGAACAAUGAAAAUUUUGGAGUUGAAAAUUUCAAUAACCAAGUGGAACUUUUGCUAAGGAGGGUCAACAGUACAUUUGAGCUGGCAGAAGAAGCAGCAAACCUGAAGAUAGUUGGGGAGAGAUUACAAAAUCUGAAGCACAGAUGGAAAAAAAAAGAAUGAAAAAAAAGUCUUCCUCACACUACAUGCACAAAAGUUAACUCAAAAUGGAUCACGAACCAAAAUGUAAGCAAAACCAUAAAACUCACGGAAGUAAAUAUUGUGACCUUUGUUUAUAUAGUCUUCUUAGAUAUGACACCAAAAUUACAAAUGAAAAAAUAAGAAAUAGACAAUUUAAAACAUACAGAAUUUUUAUUAGAAAAGAUUGAGCUGAUCUAUUUUACCUAGUUAAAUAUCAAUAAUAAAAACUUAGCUUUACACGACUUCAUUCCUUCCCUCAUGCUGUUAUUAUCACAAAUUACAUCAUUAGAAGUUAGGUGCUCAUCAAUUAUUGCUUUAUGCAUUUGACUUUUAAAUUGAGGGGGAAAAAGUUAUAAAUAAAAGAUACAUUUACUCUCUUUUAUAAUUACCAUUA